AUAGUACGAAACUGACAGAUAACAACAUCGGUGUGGUUGCAAACGGCACAGAUGGUCUUGAGGUUAAACUGGCUAAAGAUGUCAAUUUGGGUAGUGACGGUAGCGUUACUGCAGGUAAUACAUCUUUAAAUAAUAGUGGAUUAACGACUACAGAUUCUUCAGGUAAUACGGCCACUCUGACGGGUUCAGGGACAAGUAUUCAAGGAAAAGAUGGUUCAUCUGCAAACUACGGUUUAGCAGGAACAACUUUAAAAGAUACUUCUGGUAACACCAACAGUACAACACCGACGGGCUCUACGGUUACAGACAAAACAGGCAAUAGUAGUGAAACUACAGCUGCAGGUACAACGGUGACAGCCAAAGAUGCCAACGGAAAUACUACUGGACAAACAACCUAUGGUUCAGAUGGCUUUAGUAUUAAAGAUGGUCCAAGUGUCAGUAAAGAUGGAGUCAACGCUGCUAAUACGGUUAUCAGUAAUGUAAAAGAUGGUAAAGAUGGUAACAGUACGACGACUACGGCCGAUGGUACAACAAGCAAAGACAAAGACGGUAAUAGCAAUACAUCGACAGCAACAAGCAAUACGCUUGCAGACAAAGAUGGUAACAGUACGACGACUACGGCCGAUGGUACAACAAGCAAAGACAAAGACGGCAAUAGCAAUACAUCGACAGCAACAAGCAAUACGCUUGCAGACAAAGAUGGUAAUAGCAAUACGUCAACAGCAACAAGCAAUACACUUGCUGGUAAAGAUGGCAACAGUACGACGACUACGGCUGAUGGUACGACAAUUAAAGACAAAGAUGGCAAUAGCAAUACAUCGACGUCUACCAGUAAUACGAUCACAGAUGGUAAGAAUACGACCACCACAACAGCAUCUGGUACAACCUAUGGCAGUGCAGACCCAUCUGAUAAAACAAGCACGAAUAUUGGUCAAAAUGGCCUAAGCUUUACAGAUGCGUCUGGUAAUAAGACAGGGCCAAGUGUGACAGCAUCAGGUAUUGAUGCAGGUAAUGAAAAAAUUACCAAUGUUGCAGAUGGUACAGUGAGCCCGACAUCUAAAGAUGCAGUGAACGGUAGCCAACUUUAUACAGCAACCACAGAUUUAACGAAUAAAGGUUUAAAUUUUGCUGAUACGAAUGGCACAGUUACGCAUAAAAACUUAGGUGAAACGUUAACGAUUAAAGGUACAGGUACAAAAGCUGAUGAUCAGUACAAUACUGAUAAUCUAAAAACAACCACAGAUAGUAAUGGCAAUAUUGUGGUUGGAUUGGAUAAAAAUGCAACUUUUGAUAGUUUAAAUGCUGGUGGAACCACAGUUAACUCAACUGGCUUAACUAUAAACAAUGGUCCAAGCAUUACGACAUCUGGUAUUAAUGCCGCAGGUACCAAAGUGACCAAUGUUGCAGAUGGUACAGAUACAUCUGACGCUGUAAACAAAGGCCAGCUAAAUACUUUAGAAUCUGAAGUUAAUAAUAAGUUUAAUGAUCUUUCAACCAAAGGCAGUUCAACGCAGGACGGUUCUGGAAAUAGUUCUACAACUACUGCAUCUGGUACAACUGUUACAGACAAAGAUGGUAAUACAAAUUCAUCUACAUCUACUGGGAAUACUGUUUCAGGUAAAGAUGGUAACAGUACGACGACUCCGGCCGAUGGUACAACAAGUAAAGACAAAGACGGUAAUAGCAAUACAUCGACAGCAACAAGCAAUACGCUUGCAGACAAAGAUGGUAACAGUACGACGACUACGGCCGAUGGUACAACAAGCAAAGACAAAGACGGCAAUAGCAAUACAUCGACAGCAACAAGCAAUACGCUUGCAGACAAAGAUGGUAAUAGCAAUACGUCAACAGCAACAAGCAAUACACUUGUUGGUAAAGAUGGCAACAGUACGACGACUACGGCUGAUGGUACGACAAUUAAAGACAAAGAUGGUAAUAGCAAUACAUCGACGUCUACCAGUAAUACGAUCACAGAUGGUAAGAAUACGACCACCACAACAGCAUCUGGUACAACCUAUGGCAGUGCAGACCCAUCUGAUAAAACAAGCACGAAUAUUGGUCAAAAUGGCCUAAGCUUUACAGAUGCGUCUGGUAAUAAGACAGGGCCAAGUGUGACAGCAUCAGGUAUUGAUGCAGGUAAUGAAAAAAUUACCAAUGUUGCAGAUGGUACAGUGAGCCCGACAUCUAAAGAUGCAGUGAACGGUAGCCAACUUUAUACAGCAACCACAGAUUUAACGAAUAAAGGUCUAAAUUUUGCUGAUACGAAUGGCACAGUUACGCAUAAAAACUUAGGUGAAACGUUAACGAUUAAAGGUACAGGUACAAAAGCUGAUGAUCAGUACAAUACCGAUAAUCUAAAAACAACCACAGAUAGUAAUGGCAAUAUUGUGGUUGGAUUGGAUAAAAAUGCAACUUUUGAUAGUUUAAAUGCUGGUGGAACCACAGUUAACUCAACUGGCUUAACUAUAAACAAUGGUCCAAGCAUUACGACAUCUGGUAUUAAUGCCGCAGGUACCAAAGUGACCAAUGUUGCAGAUGGUACAGAUACAUCUGAUGCUGUAAAUAAAGGUCAGCUUAAUACCUUACAAUCAGAAAUGAACAGUAAGUUUGACGAUCUUUCAACUAAAGGUAGUUCAACACAGGACAGUUCUGGAAAUAGUUCGAGCACAACAGCAUCUGGAACGACCGUUACAGAUAAAGAUGGUAAUACAAAUUCAUCUACAUCUACUGGGAAUACUGUUUCAGGUAAAGAUGGUAACAGUACGACGACUACGGCUGAUGGUACGACGACUAAAGACAAAGACGGCAAUAGUAAUACGUCAACAGCAACAAGCAAUACACUUGCUGACAAAGAUGGUAACAGUACAACCACUACAGCUGAUGGUACGACAACCAAAGACAAAGAUGGUAAUAGCAACACGUCAACAGCAACAAGCAAUACACUUGCUGGUAAAGAUGGCAACAGUACGACGACUACGGCUGAUGGUACGACGACUAAAGACAAAGACGGCAAUAGUAAUACGUCAACAGCAACAAGCAAUACACUUGCUGACAAAGAUGGUAACAGUACAACCACUACAGCUGAUGGUACGACAACCAAAGACAAAGAUGGUAAUAGCAACACGUCAACAGCAACAAGCAAUACACUUGCUGGUAAAGAUGGCAACAGUACGACGACUACGGCUGAUGGUACGACGACUAAAGACAAAGACGGCAAUAGUAAUACGUCAACAGCAACAAGCAAUACACUUGCUGACAAAGAUGGUAACAGUACAACCACUACAGCUGAUGGUACGACAACCAAAGACAAAGAUGGUAAUAGCAACACGUCAACAGCAACAAGCAAUACACUUGCUGGUAAAGAUGGCAACAGUACGACGACUACGGCUGAUGGUACGACGACUAAAGACAAAGACGGCAAUAUUGGUUUAGACAGAAAUGCGAGUUUCGAUAGUCUUGCUUUAGGCGGAACGACAUUAAACUCUAGUGGCUUAACUAUAAACAAUGGUCCAAGCAUUACGACAUCUGGUAUUAAUGCCGCAGGUACUAAAGUGACCAAUGUUGCCAACGGUACAGAUGCCCAAGAUGCGGUAAAUAAAGGCCAGCUUGAUGCUUUAGCAACCAACAUUAGUAACAAUGUGACGAAUGUAACGGAUGGUAAUGGCAAUAAAGUUAAUGUAAGCAGUGAAGUCGUAAAUAGCUCUCCAAAUAACAGCAAUACAGAGUCUAUGUUCCUGACAUAUAACACUCAGGGACAAGAAACGACAGAUCGUUUAACCAUUGAUGGUAAGACAAAUGACUCGAGUGCAGGCGGUACAAACUCGACAGCAAUUGGUGUAAAUGCAGUGAUUAACUCAGGUGCAGAUAAUACAAUUGCUUUAGGUAAGAGUACAUCUGCUGCUGGAACAGCGACUAACUCCGUUGUUAUUGGUAAUAACUCAAGUGUGACGGGUGCUUCAUCUGUUGCAAUUGGUGAUGGUGCUGUUGCUUCUGGUACUCAAUCUAUUAGCGUGGGUACUGGUAACAAUGUGACUGGAAAUCAUUCUGGUGCAUUUGGUGACCCGAGCACAAUUACUGGCAAUGAAAGCUAUGUAUUAGUUGCACCUGCAAAACAAGAUGUUCACAUGGAAGAUGUGCACCGUGCAGGUGGAAUUAUGGCAAUUUUAGGUGAGUUAGAGCGUGCACAAUUACUUGACACAUCUGUAAGUACAGUGCACGAGAAAACAUUGGCAGAUGCGAUUAAUAAGUGGGAUAUCAUUUCUCAUGAAGAUCCUGAAAUCUAUGAGUUUUAUCGCUCUUCUCCAGGUGGUGUACCUACGCAAGUUGCAUUCUCACAAAACCGUUACUAUCCAACUUUAGAUGGUAACCGUGAAACUGGCGUUAUUCGUAGUGCAGAACAUGCUUUUUCUCAAGAUGGUGGUUUAGCUGUAUUGUUUGGAAAUAUUGCUCUUGAUGGCU